UAACCUGAUAAGUAAACCACUAAAGUACGCAAUAUUCAAAUGGUAUUGCUCAAUCGUCUGAUGUCAAACGUUUCAGUACAAAUGACUAACGCGGAAACCUUUGAUUUUGUAAAUGACAACACACGUGGAAGUCCAAAUAACUUUAUGAGGUGCGCAGUGAGGAAUGUGAACAUUGUGUACUCCCCCCUGGAGUACAUAAAUGGAUGUUUAAGACCACCUCGAAAAAGGGCGGGGUCCUGAGGCUUAAACAGCCGUCAGUACAAAAAAAAAGUGAGGAGAACAUUUCCAACAGAAGUGAAGUUUUUUUUUUUUGCGUGUGUGUUGUUUAGCUAGUUCGCGAACGCGCUUAACGUAAACGGCCGUUAGCUGCCGUGACACCGUCGACACGCGCAAGCCACUUUUUUUUUUUCGCCAUGGAGGUCGUCCGCGCGCUCGUGUGCCUCCUGGCCGUGUUCGCCGCUCUCGCCUCGGACAGGUUCGUGGCGCUGGCGUCCUUCUCCCAGUCGUUGGACAGCGACUUCACGUUCACGCUGCCCGCCGGUCGCAAGGAGUGUUUCUUCCAGACCAUGAAGAGGGACGCCUCGCUGGAGCUCGAGUAUCAGGUGUUGGAUGGCGCAGGUCUCGAUGUGGAUUUCCUCAUCACCGCUCCUUCUGGCCAGGUGGUGUUCAGUGACUACCACAAGUCGGAUGGGGUGCACACCGUCGCCGACACCGAGGACGGAGACUACAUGUUCUGCUUCGACAACACGUUCAGCUCCGUCUCCGAGAAGCUCGUCUUCUUCGAGCUGAUCCUGGACAACAUGGAGAGGGACGACGAGGAGGUGGAGAACUGGAAGGAGCACGUCCAGGGAACGGACGUGCUGGACAUGAAGCUGGAGGACAUCAUGGACACCAUCAACAACGUGAAGGCCCGGCUGGUCAAAAGUGUGCACAUCCAGACGUUGCUGCGGGCGUUCGAGGCUCGCGACCGGAACACCCAGGAGAGCAACUUCGAUCGCGUGAACUUUUGGUCCGUGGUCAGCGUCGUGGUCAUGAUGUUGAUCUCGGGGGUGCAGGUCUACCUGGUCCGCUCGCUGUUUGAAGACAAGAGGAAGAUUCGUACAUAACGCCAACCUCAGGACACACACACACACAGAGAGAGAAACUAACACACUUGCCCUCGGAUACAUUUCUAUUUUUCUUCCCGCAGAUCUUAUGACUUUUAACAUAAGAUGUCAUUAACACACACACACACACACACACACACAUUGACAUUCUUGACCACAAAAUGCACCUCCGUUGUUGCUUCGGGAACAACUUGUUACCAUCACCUCCACUUCUCAGACUCUCUCUCUCUCUUUGCUGCAGACAACAAGUCUCUGGGUCUCUCUCUCGUAAAACUACUUCGCUUCCACAGACUCUCCUCAGAAAGCGAGAAGAACGCUUGUGAUGUGGUUGUUUUUCUAACGGAGCCUUAAGUUACAACAACAAAAAGUCCUCUUUCCUUUUAGACAUGUUUUUAUUUUAGAUGAAGAAAUGAUACGGUGUCUGAAGGAGUUUGUAUUUCUGCCAAUUAAGAGUGGGAAGUGCAGUAAGCGAGUAUUCCCCCUUUUUUUUUUAAAAAGUACUUACACCCAUAAAUGUAGCUUUUUGUGCGUUA